CCCUCCCCCUGGGAGGGUUACUGGCCUGAUCUCAACUUCAUUCCUUGUUUGCCUAUAUAGUAUGUAAGCCAAGGGUGUAAACUAAAAACCAGUACCUGGCAAGCAAUCCGAGUAGGGAGAGCACAUAGUUUAUAUCUUUAUAGAGCUCAUAAAUAGUGUUAGGUACAGGGCAGCCCAUGUGAUUUGGGUCCCACCCUGCGGAGGGAGGUUUCUACAGAAGAGCGAGGCCUUAGCUUCAAGAGGAAAAGAAGUAGAUCCCACACAUAAACGCGCACGCCUCCCUCCCUCCCUCAUAGUGCACCACCCUUUGCCCUCGCUGGCUUCCUGCUCCCUCGAAGAGGCCUGGCUGGGAGGGCAAAAGGAGGAAGAAAAGCCUCUUCAAACGGAGAAACGCGACAGGACCAUUUUGGAGCGGGGAAACCUGCAGGGUGCUCGCUCGCUCUCCACUCCUAACUUUCUUCUCGGGAUAUUUGGAUGUGCCCUUAAAGGGUGAAGAAGAGCGGCAGGGUGAGGAGCUGUUGGCGUUUCUUCUCUUGCUGGAAGCAGCGGCAAAGGAGCUUGCAGACAGUUACCUGCUGGGAAUGACAACAGGAGGGAAGAGCUCAUGGCUGAGCACCCAAGACUGAUGCUCAUUCUUGCAGCUGCCCAGCCUUUUCCUGUUGCCUGCCAUUACUGUUCACUUAGCCAUGUUGUCAGAGUCACGCUGGAAGAGCCUCCGUCAAACCUUACUGGUGCUCUUCACCGCCACCAUUCUCAUUGGAGUAACCAUGCUGGCCAUCUCAGCUGAAGUCAACCCUGUUGGAUUUUUCUUCCUUGCAGUGGGGGGUACCUGUUUGGUUGGCUACCUCAUUAGCGUGGCAGCGGAGCAAUGCCUGAAGCAUCAGAAUUCAGCGGCGGAAAAUCAAGCUGACCCAGAGAGACAAAGUCAGGCAGGAAACAAUGCAGCCUAUGAAGCACCAGCAUAUGAGGAGGUGGUGACUACUGGCUACCUGUCAGCACCAACAAUCUGGACCAUCACAUCUGGUCAGGGAACAACCCAAGUGGAGCCCCCUCCAUACAGUGUGGUUAUUGAGCCUUCUGCCCAUGGAGAGACUGUGGUGGAGGCAUUCAGUGUCUCAGUAGCACCAGGUACACGGCGAGCCUCGGAGGCAGAUAUACACCCAAAGUUGCGUCUUAGGUUGGUGCUACCCCCAAGACUGCAGCGAUUUGUCUCGGAUAACCAUGAACUCAAAGGGGUUGAAGAGCGAAUAGAGCGGCUGGAGCCCCUCACACCACCUCCUGCUUAUGAGAAUGUGACUGGUGAGGAGGCCUUUGAAGAACAAUUCCAGCCCUCAAGGCUAUGACUAAAAGACUGAAAGGGCUGGGCGGCGGCGGCGGCGGAGCUAGCAGGUGGUUUCCAUAACAUCUGGCUGAUGACCUAGACUAGAAGGCUGGGGACUGACAAGAAUGGUGCAGCUUUGACACUUUUUCUUUAAACUUUCUUCAUACUAUAUGUGAAACACGGACUGUGCAGGAUCAUAGCUGCUAUAUCCUCUUCUUUAAAAUCUCAUGAGGAAUGCACAUACAAAAACGAGCGCUUGAGAUUUUGUUCUGUUUUUUGACAUACCCAGAAUGUCUGUCACGUGUUCUUGGGUAUAUAGCGUAGGCUUCUUGGAAGCUGACUUUGGAGAGGGUUGAACUGGUUGAUGCAGUUGUAAAGAGACAGAUUCUAGGAGCUGUUGUGGGCAUGAACUAUCAAGCACCCUGCCCAAUCUACAUAGACUCUGUAGUCUGUAUGUACAGAGAGUUGGGCAGGAAUGAUAGGGAGGGUAUCAAUGAAGUAUGAGAGACAAAAUGCACUCAGAAGUUGCAUCUUCCUUUGACUCAAGCUUACCUGUUUCAAAUAUUUGUCCAACAUUUUCAUUCUUUCUUCAUCGGGCAUAUGCAAUCAGAGAAAAAACAAAAGUGUAUUAUCCUGAGUAAAUUCCUGGCUAGAU